AUGUUUGUUGUUGAAAUUUUAUCUGGGGAUGGUUCUUUUACAGGCGUAUACAUUAACACCUUUUUCAUUUAUUUAUUUAUAGAGUAUCUGAAUUCGGAAUCUGAUGAUGGUAGCAAUAGCGCAGGCAGUAGUCUUCCAAGCAGUCAUAGUUUAGAUUGCGAUUUAGAUGAAGUAGACACUGAAGAGAGCCACAAUGUAAAUGGAAAGACAAAAGGGUGUGUUCCGUUCUUGAGUACUAAGCACACGCUGGAUAUAAAGGCUACUGGGAAGAAAAACAGAAAGGGCGAGGAGGUAAAGAAACCUUCUGCCAUAUUAGAAUACAACGCUGGUAAAGAUGGUAUAGAUGUUUCUGAUCAAAUGGCGAGCUACUUUUCCCCACUCCGCAAAACAAUUAGAUGGUAUCAUAAGCUAAUGUUUGAAAUUCUCCUGAAUACGGCUGUCAUCAAUUCUCUUAAUAUUUACAAGCACUUCAAAAAACAAAACAUACAAGUUGGUGCUUUUAGAGAGAUGUUGAUUGAGAGCCUUACCCAAGUCCCAAGUGUCCCAGUAAAUGAAGAUAAACAUAGUCUGAUCAGUACAGAAGAAAGAACAGCAGACGGGAGAAAGAAAGAAAAGAGAGAUGCAUUUCAUGUUAUGAGAAAAAGGCCAGAGAAGGAGGUCGAGUUGUGGGAAUGA